AUGCUCAUGUUCAUGUCCAUGUCCAUGUCCAUGCUCAUGUUCAUGUCCAUGUCCAUGUCCAUGUUCAUGUCCAUGUCCAUGUCCAUGUUCAUGUCCAUGUCCAUGUUCAUGUCCAUGUUCAUGUUCAUGUCCAUGUUCAUGUCCAUGUUCAUGUCCAUGUUCAUGUUCAUGUCCAUGUUCAUGUCCAUGUUCAUGUUCAUGUUCAUGUCCAUGUUCAUCAUCAUCCUUAUCACUAUUACAGGUUAUAUAUGUUCUAACACAAGAUCCACAUUCAUCAUCCAAUUAUAA